AUGAAUGAGAAUCGAAUUAUCUCCUGGGAAGAAGCCGAACGCAUUCUGAACGAUACUGGAAAUGCACCCGUAAAGAGUAAAGCAAUGAAUGAGAAUCGAAUUAUCUCUUGGGAAGAAGCCGAACGCAUCCUGAACGAUACUGGAAAUGCACCCGUAAAGAGUAGUUUGCCCGAACAGACCCGGCCGACAGAACCCGACAACGACACCGACGUUGACCAAUGCAUACAAAAAUUAAUGGAAAACGAUGAAGCUCUUAAAGAAAUCAAUUUAAAUAACAUGAAGCGCACACCCAUUCCACAAAUUCGACGACUAAUCGAAUCUUUGGCAUAUAAUGAACAUUGUGAACGGCUAUCACUUGCUAAUAUGGGUCUCUACGAUAACGAUAUUGCAGUGAGUUGA